GGUUUGCAUGUUUUGUUGGCUUUUCGUAUUUCAUUAAAGCUUAUUAUAUACGUGUAAUAAAUUAAUAAUUGAAGUGCAUUAAAGUUUAUGGUUGGACGUGUACCGUCACAUCGGUGUGCUAGUGAACUUGAAAAUCUGGGGUUUCCUGCCCCAUAUGUUGACUUGAAGUGACUUAGUUAUUUUAUUGAUUUUCGUGGGUUUUCGAGAUGGAUAUCAUCCAAACACCUAAGUUGGAGAAUGUCCAGCUCAUGGACAAGUACAACCUGCGGAACCCUUCCAAGGGCACGCUGUACUUCGCCACCACGCAUCUCAUCUUCGUCGACCAUGAGAUGAAGAAGGAAACUUGGAUCCUCCUAAUGCACAUAUCAUCAGUAGACCGUCUGCCGAUCACGACGACAGGCUCCCCUCUGCUGGUCCGCACGAAGACAUUCCAGUCCGUCUUGUUCGUCAUACCACGGGAACGAGACUGCCAUGAGAUGCAUCAGACAUUACUACGGCUUAGUCAACCAGUGCACAUCGACGAGCUAUACUGCUUCCACUACAAGUCCACGCCCGAGGACCUGCCCAAGUCGGCGGGGUGGAACUUCUUCGACAUACAGACGGAGUUCCAGCGGAUGAACGUGCCCAACGAACACUGGGUGCUCUGCACAGCUAACAAGGAUUAUGAGCUAUGCGACACAUAUCCCAGUGAGAUCUACGUGCCUGCGCGCGCGUCGACGGCCGUCCUGCUCGGCAGCGCCAGCUUUAGGUCGCGGGGCCGACUACCGGCGCUGGCGUACCUGCACCACAACAAGGCGGCCAUCGCUCGCUGCUCGCAGCCACUCAGCGGGUUCUCAGCUAGGUGUAUGGAGGACGAACAAAUGCUCGAUCUGAUCAGGAGAGCGAACCCUAACUGUGGGUACAUGUAUGUCGUUGACACACGGCCUAGGAUAAACGCGAUGGUGAACCGCGCAGCAGGCAAAGGCUACGAAAACGAGGCUUUCUACGAAAACAUCAAGUUCCAGUUCAUGGGCAUCGGCAACAUACACGUCAUGAGGAAGAGUCUACAGAAGCUUGUAGAAACUUGUGAACAGAAUUCCCCUACUAUGUCCUCAUUCCUUAGCGGCUUAGAAUCAUCGGGAUGGCUCAAACAUAUCAAAUCAAUUCUGGACACAUCUUGGUGGAUAGCAGCCGCCAUACAAUCCGGGGUAUCAGUCUGCGUCCACUGCAGCGACGGGUGGGACCGAACCGCUCAAGCGUGUUCCCUGGCCGCACUCAUGUUGGAACCACAUUACCGUACUAUCAACGGGUACCAGGCACUAAUAGAGAAGGACUGGCUAUCGUUCGGUCACAAGUUCACGGCCCGGUGCGCGCACGUGGCGGGCGACUCGCGCGAGCGCUCGCCAGUCUUCACACAACUGCUCGACGCCACGUGGCAGCUGCUGCGGCAGUGUCCUGAGGCGUUUCAGUUCAACGAGCGGUUUCUGCUGACGCUGCACGACCACGCGCACGCCUGCCAGUACGGCACAUUCGUCGGCAACUGCCAGAAGGACCGCCGGGAUCUUAGGUUAUCAGAGCGGACGUUCUCGCUGUGGGGCUACAUGGCGAACCAUCUCAACGAGUACAAGAACCCGCUGUACAACCCUAAAGCGCACCCCGACGUACUCAAACCGGACCUUAGUGCGCAGAGUAUACGGUUCUGGGUGGGCAUGUACUGCCGGCACGAGAGCGGCGUGCACCCGCGCGAGGCGCUCGGCGACCUGCUGCCCGCCGCCGCCGACCACUGCUCCGCGCUCGACCACCACAUCAACUACCUCGCCAAGAGAAUAUCGACAUUCAAGAACCUCCUCUCAGGCAAGAAGGACAAAGGCCAGGAGUCCACCGUGGUGAACUACCAGAACGGCAACAGUGACACCGUCGACAUCGAGACUAGAACCGACCGCCUUUCCUUAGACAACAAGUUAAUCUACGACGAAGGUUCAUCGGUGGGCGAGUUGGAGUGUGCCAACCACGACCACCCGCUCAAAGAUGCCGCCAAGCCCAGCAUCCCUCUCAUCACCGAGAAGAGCCACGACUCGAUCCCGGCGAGCCUGCCGCUCCUCGAACGUGAGAUCAGCUCAGUGGCGCUCGACUGGCGGAGUCUGAAACACGUCACUGAGUGCAGCUGCUCUACGCCGCUCGACCACUUUAGUAGAAAGGUAAUACAUCCUCUUGACCGAGAGCCGGCUCUUUGUAUGUGAGAUCAGCUCAGUGGCGCUCGACUGGCGGAGUUUGAAGCACGUCACUGAGUGUAGCUGCUCUACGCCGCUCGACCACUUUAGUAGAAAGGUAAUACU